UGUCUGCGGCGGAAACCGCACUGGGCAGUACAAAGGACCAUUUGUCAUAUUUUGAAACUAAAGGUCAUGCGUAAAAUUGCCUACGUGGGGAAAUGUUGCACCGGGUAGGUGCGGUAAACAUGAAGUCUGCUGGGCAGCAGGUUCCCCAUUGAAAUGGCACAACCUUCACGUGUCCAAAGCGACCCGCCCCCGAGCACAGAACGAACGUUGAUGGUGUUAACGAUCCCCGAGGACGAGGUGGAAGACGUGCUGGACUUCAUCAAGAACGCCAUCUUAGACGCCAUGUCUGCCGACAACACGCGCCACUCUGUUGCUUUGGCUCUGGCAGCUGGGAUCACCAGAGAACCUCCUCCUCUUCCGCUGGGACCUCGAGAGGGCGCCCAAGAUGCUCAAGACGGGGCAGUGACGAGCGCCGUCAAGCCUUGGGACUGGAAAGCUGUUGUAGAAAGUGAUGACGAAGACGUAGACGACAUGGAGGACGCCCUUUUCAGGUCAAUCUUUGAGCAACGGAGGGAGCAGACUCAACCAUCUGCGGAGACCAGAGCUCCUUCUGCUUCGCGGACACAGCCAAGCUCGACUGCACAGCAGCGUCCUCGUCCUCCAGAGCCUCCACCGUCAAGUUGACAAAUAAACGAUUGGAUGUCGCUCCGGCA